AGUCAAGGUUGACUACAAGGCAGUCAGCAACCGCCAGCUUGUUCAUCUUAAUCUUUGUACACCGCUUUGAUUGUCUCAACAAAAAGCAGGAUAGAAAUAAAAGUUUUAUUAUUUAUUAUUUAUUUAUCUUGCAUGCAGCUCUGAAGCCUUUCCACUAGAUGGCAAGGUCUCCCUUGGACAACAGAGAUCCACAGGUGCGACGCAGGAAAGCUCACAUUCUGCAAAGGGUGAAAGAAUCAUAGAAUCAUAGAAUCCUGGAGUUGGAAGAGACCGCAAGGGCCAUCCAGUCCAACCCCAUUCUGCCACGCAGGAACUCUCAAUCAAAGCAUCCUCAUUGACAGAUUGCCAUCCAGCCUCUGUUUAAAGACCACCAAGGAAGGCGACUCCACCACACUCAGUUAUAUCGAUGUCCACGCAGCUGAGAUGGAACAGCGGACUCACUUUGGAACUGAUUGCUUUCUUUACAGUUUCUUCCCACGUCACUUUGUUCAUGAACCGACAAGCCGGGCUCUGGUGACCCUCCGAGUUGACCCCAAGGGUUUUUUCUUUUACUGGACUGGUCCCAGUAUGGAAGUUGACAUUCUGGACAUCAGCUCCAUUCGGGACACUCGGACCGGACGCUAUGCCAAGCUUCCCAAGGACCCCAAGAUCCGGGAGAUUCUUGGCUUUGGGGGCCCAGAGCAACGGCCUGAAGACAAACUACUGACAGUUGUUCAUGGCCCCGACUUGGUCAAUGUGAGCUUCCUCAACUUCAUGGCGGUUGUCCAGGAUGAUACAGCAAAGUUGUGGACUGAGGAAUUGUUCAAACUGGCCACAAACAUCUUGGCUCAGAACGCUUCGCGGAACACCUUCUUGCAAAAAGCCUACACCCGGCUCAAAAUCCAGGUCAAUCAGGAUGGCAGAAUCCCUGUCAAGAACAUCCUCAAAAUGUUCUCGGCUGACAAAAAGAGGGUGGAAACAGCCCUGGAAUCCUGUGGUUUGAAUUUUAACAGGAGUGAGUCGAUCAAACCGGAUGAGUUCACCCUGGAGAUCUUCGAACGCUUCCUGAACAAGCUCUGCCUUCGCCCAGACAUAGAUAAAAUUUUGCUAGAGAUCGGUGCCAAAGGGAAGCCUUAUCUCAGCCUGGACCAGCUGAUGGAGUUUAUCAACCAAAAACAAAGGGACCCCCGUCUCAAUGAGAUCCUGUACCCUCCGCUGACCCGGGCACAGGUGCGCCAGCUCAUCAACAAGUAUGAGCCCAACCAACAGUUCCAGCAGCGUGACCAGAUGUCUAUGGAAGGGUUUGGACGAUACCUGGGAGGAGAAGAGAAUGCCAUUGUUCCUCCCGAAAAGCUGGACUUAAGUGACGACAUGACCCAGCCGCUAAGCAGCUACUUCAUUAACUCUUCACAUAAUACCUACCUCACAGCCGGGCAGCUGACAGGCAAUUCCUCGGUGGAGAUGUAUCGCCAGGUCCUGCUGAGCGGCUGUCGCUGCAUUGAGCUUGACUGCUGGAAGGGACGUCCGCAAGAUGAGGAGCCCUUCAUCACGCAUGGAUUCACGAUGACGACAGAAAUCCCCUUCAAGGAAGUCAUCGAGGCCAUUGCUGAAAGUGCUUUCAAGGCAUCACCCUUCCCUGUUAUUCUUUCAUUUGAGAACCACGUUGACUCGGCAAAGCAACAAGCCAAGAUGGCAGAGUAUUGCCGGAACAUUUUUGGGGACGCUCUACUUAUUGAUCCCUUUGAAAAAUAUCCGCUCCAGCCUGGCAUAGCCUUGCCAAGCCCUCAGGAGUUACUGGGCCGGAUUCUGGUGAAAAACAAAAAGCGGAGGACACACAGCAAGGGCUGUGAGGGCAGCAUUCGAAAGCGGGUGCUGGAGCAAAUGCCCAGCUCCUACAGUGAUUCCUCUGGGGUUGGUGAACCAGGCUCCCCUGCACUAGGUUCUCCUUUUGGAGACCAUUCUGAAGUCCUUUCACCAGCCAUGACCAAUGGUGAGGAGAAGUCCUCGGACAGAGCGUCAAAGCUGGGUGAACCUCGCAAAUCAAUUGAUCGUGAAGCAGAGAGUGAAGAGGAGGAGGAGCAGCAAGAUCCCAAAAAGCCUACAACAGAUGAGGGCACCGCGAGCAGUGAGGUCAAUGCCACGGAAGAGAUGUCCACGUUGGUGAACUACAUUGAGCCUGUCAAGUUCAAGUCCUUCGAGGUGGCCAGCAAACGCAACAAAUCCUAUGAGAUGUCUUCAUUUGUGGAGACCAAAGGUCUGGAGCAGCUCACUAACAGUCCCAUGGAGUUUGUGGAAUACAACAAGAAGCAACUUAGCCGGAUAUAUCCUAAAGGGACACGGGUGGAUUCCUCCAACUAUAUGCCUCAGGUCUUCUGGAAUGCAGGCUGCCAGAUGGUGGCACUUAAUUUCCAGUCACUUGAUUUGGCAAUGCAACUAAACCUGGGCAUCUUUGAAUACAACCGCCGGAGUGGAUAUCUGCUCAAGCCAGAGUUCAUGCGACGCCAAGACAAGCUGUUUGACCCCUUCACUGAAGAUAUCAUUGAUGGGAUUGUGGCCAACACUGUCAAAGUGAAGAUAAUCUCAGGACAGUUCCUGUCGGACAAACGGGUGGGCAUCUACGUUGAGGUGGACAUGUUUGGUCUGCCAGUGGACACCAAGCGAAAAUUUCGGACACGGCCAUCGCAGGGUAAUUCUUUCAACCCCGUCUGGGAUGAAGAGCCUUUUGUGUUUCACAAGGUGGUGCUUCCUACACUUGCCUCACUGCGCAUCGCUGUCUUUGAAGAGGGAGGCAAAUUUGUGGGGCACCGGAUACUGCCGGUUUCUGCUAUCCGUUCAGGGUACCACUACAUUUGUCUGCGCAGCGAGAGCAACCAGCCACUAUGUCUUCCAGCUUUACUGGUCUAUACAGAAGCCUAUGACUACAUCCCAGAUGAUCACCAAAAUUAUGCAGAAGCAUUGAUCAACCCCAUCAGACAUGUCAACCUCAUGGACCAGCGGGCCAAACAGCUUGUAGCUCUGAUAGGCGAGAGUGAGCGGGAGAAUGCAGAGAAGCCACGGGAGUCGCUGUCGAGAAGCUCCUCCAAUGCAACCACUGGCCCCACUGAAGAGGCCCACAGGCCAUCGCCUGCCCUGCUUUCACCGACACGGAGCCCCAGCGUGGUCCCUAGUCAAGUGCAGAGGGACGACCUCAUUGCCAGCAUCUUGGCAGAGAUUUCCCCUCAGUCUGUUGAGGAGCUGCGGCAGCAGAAAGCCUUUGUGAAACUGCUGAAGAAGCAAUACCGGGAACUGAAGGAGCUCCGGAGGAAACAUAUGAAGAAGAUCUGCAGCCUCAACAAGAAGCAGAACGCCCAGUUUGCCCUGGCAGAAAGGAGCCGGCUCCGUAGCCGAGAAGGGUCUCAGAGUUCGCUGGAAGCCAUGAGGCAAGGACAAGAGCAAGACGGGACGCGCCGGAAGCUGGACCUGCAAGAGUGGCAAAUGCAGGGGCUGUUGCAGCUGCGGGAGGCUCAGCACCAACUAGAAAGGGACUGCAAGCGAGAGCACCUGCACCAGGCCCAGCAGCGUUUGAGAGAGAUUGCCCGCGACUGCCAGGCUGCCCAGCUGAAGAAGCUGAAAGAGACAAAUGAGAAAGAGAAGAAAGAACUUCAGAAAAUCUUGGAUCGGAAGCGGCACAACAGCAUCACUGAAGCCAAAUCCCGGGAGAGGAACAAAAAGGAUGUGGAGCUGACUGAGAUAAACAGGCGGCACAUCACUGAAUCGGUUAACUCCAUCCGAAGGCUUGAAGAGGCUCAGAAACGGCGCCAGGAGAAGCUACUGGCAGGGCACCAGGGGAUACUGCAAAUGAUCGAGGAGGAAGAGCCGCGGUUGACAGCCCAGCUAGAAGAAGAGUGCAACCUGGAGGCCCUUGCUUUGCGUCAAGAGAUUGGCCGCUACCUGCAAGAGGAACUCGAUGGCGGGGUCAGCAAUGGAUACUCAACUACCGGAUCCAGCCUUAGCCCUCCUCCUGCCGAAGAAGAGCUCACGGUCCUGUGAGAUUUGGAAGUGGGAGCAAACCCUGGAGUAUGAGGGGUGGAGAAGAGAGGAGAGCAUCUUACAAAUCUCUUCCUCUCCCCUCCAAGUGGGAUGUGGCAAAGCCGACGGAAGGAAAAGAAACUACACUAAAAAGCACUUCGCUUUUUUUUUCUUUGUUUUUUUUUUAAGGAAGAAAUAUUUUAUUUUUUUAAACUAAUUUUUUUAAUUUACUAAUGGUAAUGUUCUACGAUUUUUCAGUUUGGAACCUGGAAAAGGACUCUGGGACAGAAAGGGUGUGUGUGUGUGAGAAACAUUGGACAAUCCCUGUCGCACAUAUGCACAUGUAUGUACACACACAAACACACGCAGAGCGCACCUGUGCCGAAAGAGACGGGAAGGGAGUUGAACUUUUAUGGGAGAUCUUUUAAUGCACUGUCGAGGGGAAGGGGAUGCAUACCCCACCCUGAUCCAAUCUGUGUCCCACAUCGAGGGGGUUAAGGAAUAAAAAGGGCUAUUUUUUUAAAUCCGGCGUUUCUCAAGGGAUGGUUGAAACAUAAUUGGCAGAAGGGAUGCCUAUGUAGAAAUGCCUUCGCUCUCCACUAGGUUGUCGAUCUCUGGGAGCUGUGUAGGCAGCUAUGCGCAACGGAGGGAAGGCCAUGGGGAACAAAGUGCUUGGAAAACAUACUUUUACUAUGAGAGGGGAGGUUCAUGGCUGCUUUGGGGGGUGGGUGCGAAAGAUACCGGGACAGCUGUUGGUCUGCCCUUGUGCAAUUGCGGCAGGGUGACAACCUGGUCUCUCCCUUUCAUUGGAUGUAAUUUUCCCCCCUCUCUCUGUCUCUCUCUCUCUUGCCUUCUUUUUUUAAAAAAACAACAACAACAAAAGUAAUAAACUCAUAAUGCAGUUGC